UUUAUAAAACCCCCUCCUCCAUUACUCCCUCCAUAGUACUCUCUCUGUUUCUUACUCUCUAAUGGCAGAGGAAUUUCAAGAAUCGGAAGUGAUCUUCGUCCACGAUUGUCAUAAAACGACUACGUAUGAUGAAGAAGAAGAAGAAGAUGCUAAUCAGUACUUCAACGUGUUCACGCGGCAUAAUUUAUGUGCAUCUGGCGCUGCGCAGAAGAAUAAUAAGAAGAGCAAGAAGAAGAGUAUAUCGAGCUCGGAACCUGUAAAUAUACCGGAUAUGGCUCUGCGAUUCGCGUAUGGGGAUGAGAUUGAGGACGCUGAGGUGGUGGUGCCGCCGCACGUGAUUGUGGGGAGAAGAAUCGCAGGGAAAAUGGCGUUCUCGGUGUGUACGGGGAACGGGAGGACAUUGAAAGGGAGGGAUUUGAGUCAAGUCAGGAAUUCCAUUCUCAGAAGGACUGGCUUUUUGGAGCCAGAGGCUGCUUAAUUCAAUCAAUUUACUGCAAAAACAAAAAUAAUUUUCCUUUCUCCAUUUUUUUUUCCUCUAAAUUAUGAAUUGUAUUUAUCAAUAGAAUUGUCGAUGCUAGAUUUACGCCGAAGUAUAAAAUACCUGUAAAGUAGAAAGCUUUAAGAAAAUGACGACACAAAAUUUACGUGGUUAGACAACUUGCCUAUGUCCAUGGAGUCUGAUCUUUUAUUAGAGUAGAGUGUCAAUAAUCCCCUUAUAAAUGUGGGAAUGAUAUAUAUUUAUAGGUCUUGGGGGUUUGUCAGUUGAUGCAGUUAUGCCAGUUUCUAAGACAAUUUAACCGUCUCUGGUAAUCUUCUGUUGUAACUGCUCCUGUCUAAUUGUAACAGUCGGAUAACUGAUCUGUCUUGGAACUGUUUGAAUUGUCGAAUAAACUGCUUCUUGAUA